UACUCGCACAUGUGAUGGCAGUCCGACGCGCCGAGUCCUUCUUCUCGUCCUCCUCUUCCUCCGCACAUUAAUCGGCGGGCGACUUGCACUCCUGAGAGUCUCGUAUCGGGGUGUCUUAAUGAGGAUAUUGCGGCAAUGGUGAAGGACAAGGCCGAAGACCGGACGCUUCAGUAUCAGCAAACUUUGAUGUAUGGGCGGUACACCCAGGAGCUGGGUGUGUAUGCCAAGGAGGAAGCGGCCCGCCUACGGGAUGGAGGAGUGCGGGAUGGUGGAGGACUGCGGAGGAACACCAGCGUUCGUAGUCGUGCUGCAGAUCUGCUCGAGUAUGAGAAAGACCCCUGUGCAAAGUGCCAUCUUUGUGCGUCUCGCUGCCAGAAGUUCCUGAUCUCGCGGGUGGGAGAGGACUGGAUCUUCCUCAUCCUGCUGGGGCUGCUCAUGGCUCUGGUCAGCUGGGUCAUGGACUACGCCAUCGCCUUCUGCCAAGAAGCACAGAACUGGAUGUAUGGUGGUCUGGACAGUAACCUGCUUCUGCAGUACAUCGCCUGGGUCACCUACCCUGUGGUGCUCAUCACUUUCUCAGCAGGAUUCACACAGAUACUGGCGCCUCAGGCUGUGGGCUCAGGUAUUCCUGAGAUGAAGACGAUCCUGAGGGGGGUGGUCCUCAAGGAGUAUCUGACCUUUAAGACGUUCGUGGCCAAAGUCAUCGGUCUGACCUGCGCCUUGGGCAGUGGGAUGCCUCUGGGGAAGGAGGGACCCUUUGUUCACGUUGCCAGUCUGUGCGCUGCUCUCCUGAGCAAAUUCAUGGCAGCUCUGUUUGGGGGGAUUUUCAUGGUAGGAAUGGAAGAGCCCUUUGAGGGAAGCAAGAACGAGCUGAGGAACACAGAGAUGCUGUCGGCCGCCUGUGCAGUGGGUGUGGGCUGCUGCUUCGCUGCCCCUAUUGGAGGGGUGCUGUUCAGUAUUGAGGUCACUUCAACGUUUUUUGCGGUGAGAAACUACUGGAGGGGCUUCUUUGCCGCCACCUUCAGUGCCUUCAUAUUCAGAGUGUUGGCUGUGUGGAACCAGGAGGAAGAGACCAUCACUGCUCUCUUUAAGACACGCUUCCGCUUGGACUUCCCAUUUGACCUUCAGGAGCUGCCAGCAUUCGCCAUCCUCGGGAUUGCCUGUGGUUUUGGUGGUGCCCUGUUUGUCUAUCUGAACCGGCUGAUUGUGGAGUGCAUGAGGAAACAGAAGACGAUAAACAAGUUCUUGCUGAGGAAUCCCUCUCUUCCUGUCAGGCGCCUGGUGUAUCCCGCACUCGUUACCCUGCUGGUCUCCACGCUCACGUUCCCUCCGGGCUUCGGGCAGUUCAUGGCUGGACAGCUGACGCAGCACGAGUCUCUGGUCGCUCUGUUCGACAACCGCACGUGGUGCCGUCAGGGCGUGGCGGAAGAGUUCGACUACAUCAGCCACCACCACGCCUGGAAGCACCCCCAGGUCAACGUCUUCAUCACACUCAUCCUCUUCAUUAUCAUGAAGUUUUGGAUGUCUGCUGUGGCUACCACCAUGCCUGUUCCCUGCGGGGCCUUCAUGCCAGUUUUUCUAAUUGGCGCAGGAUUUGGCAGACUUGUCGGAGAGAUCAUGGCAGCCAUGUUUCCUGAUGGCAUACAUGCUGACGGCAGCGUGUAUCCCAUAGUUCCUGGUGGUUAUGCUGUAGUUGGUGCUGCAGCGUUGUCUGGAGCAGUCACCCACACUGUAUCCACAGCGGUCAUAGUGUUUGAGCUGACGGGUCAGAUCUCCCACAUCCUACCUGUGAUGAUCGCUGUGAUCCUGGCCAAUGCCGUGGCCCAGUCGCUUCAGCCUUCGCUGUACGACUCCAUCAUCCGCAUCAAGAAACUUCCAUAUCUGCCUGAGCUGGGCAUGGGCCAUCACGAGAAGUAUAAUAUCCGUGUGGAGGACAUCAUGGUCAGGGAUGUGCGCUUUAUCACUCUGAACUCUUCCUAUCGAGAGCUGCAGGAGAUGCUGUUGACUGGUCAGCUCAAAACUCUGGCCCUGGUUGAAUCAAGAGACUCCAUGAUCCUGCUGGGCUCCAUCGAGCGACUGCAGCUCCAGUCUCUGCUCUCUCUUCAGCUGGGCCGCAAGCGGAGGCUCGAGUACCUCCGCCAGCUGGCUCAAGACAAUGGCACACAAGAUCACCUGCCCAGCCUGACCACCGACAGCACACCCAGCUCCCCCUGCGCCCACACCCACGUCAACGCCUCCUCCAACACUCGCCAAGCGGUCCGCUUCCUGGUGAGCACGCAACAGAUCUCCACAGAGGAGUCUACCUCCUUCAGCCCAGUGGUGUCCAACGUUCAGCUUCCUCUGAAAUCGGCCUUGAAAACUGUGUCCGCCAUCAGCGACACAGAGACACCAAACAGCUCUCAGACUCUCUCCUGUGCAGACCAAGACAAGGAGCUGCUGGAGAGCCCGGCUGGUCCGGCUCCUCCUGAAAAAAGAAAGCCCAAACGAGUGAGGAUCUCCAUGGCGGACUCGACUGAAGUGGAAGAUUGCAUGACUCCAUCAGAGAUUGCGGAGUGGGAGGAGCAGCAGCUUGACGAGCCGGUGGAUUUCAAGAACUGCAAGAUUGAUCCCGCCCCCUUCCAGCUGGUGGAGCAAACAUCUCUACAUAAGACCCACACUAUCUUCUCUCUGCUGGGUCUGGAUCACGCCUACGUGACCAGCAUGGGACGACUGGUCGGAGUGGUCUCUCUCAAAGAGCUGCGUAAGGCCAUAGAGGGCUCAGUGACAGUGACUGGAGUUAAAGUGCGCCCUCCGUUGGCCAGUUUCCGUGACUGUGGGAACAGCACGAGUGUGUCCGAAGUAACGGAACUACACAAGCUGUGCAUCCGCCACAGGGGGCUCUCGUUGCCACGGGAGCCCAACCCUCCCGACGUGGAGGAACAACCCGAUCUCCCGUACAAAGAGAUCCCUGUCAACUUUUCGGACACAACGAAUUUGCAGCUGGAAACCAGCCCCGGCGACGCUACAAGUCCGUCGUCAGAGUUGGUGCUCCAAGAAAGCCCCUCGUUCACGGAGGACCAAUCGGAGUUUACUUUUGACUGCAGCCCCUCCCACACUGAGGAGUCGGAGCUGGCCUGUGACUAUGACCUCCCUGCCCAAACCCCUGAGCUGGACCAAACAAUGGAGCAAGAAGAACAGGGAAGUCCGUCUUCGAACAAGGACCUAUCAGAACCUGAGGGUGAGGGUAGCCCCGUCCACACUGAGGACCAAUCGGAAUGAUCAGAGGGGAUCCAUACCGUCGCCUCAUGAAUGCUGAUGUUUCUUACAUUUGUAGGGGUCACUCUCACCUCCAAGUCCAGCCUAGAUACCCCUGUUUCUAACGUUGUUGUGGCCUGAGUGAGCGAGUGAGAGUGUGACAUUUAGUAUCGUGUUACUGUGCAAAUGCCUGGAUAAAGUGUGUAGAUAAAGGACGUUUUGUUUAUGUGAUAUUUUUUUGUAUUGUCAACAAAUCCCAUGAAAAGACAGAAACAGUU